AUGAAGAAGAGGAAUCUGGAAUGGGAAAUAGAGCCAAACUCAAAAAGUACAGAGUUCUCAACACACGACACUGGCGAAGGAGGACCCAAGACUUAUGCCCAACCGGAACCUAUGCUAGUCGGCCUCUGCAGAAGCAGUCUCUCCUCCACUCGAGAAGAUAGAAGAGAUUUAGUGCGGAAAGAGGCCGAAAGGUGUAGAGGCGAAACCGAAAAACAAGACACAACCGAUGAGAGCAAAGAAGCAGAAAUAGCAGCUGGGGGAGGGGAGGCCUACCUGAUCCCAGUAGAUGGAGGCAAUAUGAAGGAACUGAAGUUAGAUAAAGUUAAAAAAGUCAGGACAAGAAACCGAGGAGUAUGGUAUAGUUCCAGGGGUCGAUCCCAGGGACUUUAA